CAGUAAUGUUGCACUUCCAUAUUCGUGCUUGGUGUAUUGUUUCUCAAGCAUAUAGCAUGCACAACUUGUUAGUUUAGAUAUUGGGUAGUAUUGAAUCUGGGAAACUUUUCAAUAUCAAAAUAUGGAUGAACAUGAUUUGGCUGUAAAGCUAAAACAAGUGUUACUGAGAAAUAGGUAUCUCCUAGUUUUGGAUGAUUUGUGGGAUACUAAGGCAUGGAACUUGUUGGAGAGAUUAUUGCCUGAUGAUGCCAAUGGAAGCAGGAUUGUCAUCACGAGCAGAUUGCAGAAUGUGUCUCUGCAAUUCAAACCUGAUAGCAAAGUUCACCAUCUCCGCCACCUUACCAACGAAGAGAGUUGGAAUUUGCUGCAGAAAAAGUUAUUUGGCCAAGAAGGUUGUCCUCCAAGACUAAGUGGAAUUGCAUCUCAAAUAGCAAAAUCUUGUGGGGGCUUACCUCUCACAAUUGUUCUUGUUGCUGGAAUUCUUGUCAAUAGUGCAGAAGACUCCUGGGAAGAAGUUGCAAAGAGUCUAACUUCCAGUAUUGUCCUUGAUGAUGAACACUGCAUGAAGACACUUGAGCUGAGUUACAGUUAUUUACCAGAUGAUUUGAAGUCAUGCCUUCUUUACUUUGGUGCAUUUCAAGAAGACGAAAAUGUUCAUAUCCGAAGGUUGUUAUGGCUCUGGAUCUCUGAAGGAUUCAUACGAAAGAUUGAAGGAAAGAGCUUAGAGGAUGUGGCAGACAACUACUUGACGGAUCUGGUUGAUAGAAGUUUAGUUAUGGCUUCCAAACAAAGAACUUCGGGUGGUGCCAAAGCAUGCCGGCUUCAUGAUUUGGUACAUGAGUUUUGUGUUAAAAAAGCCAAAGAAGAGAACUUUCUACAUAUUUUGCGUAGUCUGAAUGAUGGUUUUGUUCUAACUGGCCAAAGCAACCCCCUCCGAGUUUGUGAUCAAAAUGCCAGGAAUUUGAUGAUUUGGGAAUUAAUGUUAGAAUUUCCCAACGUACGCAGUUUGUUAUUGUUUAGGGAGGACGAUUUGGGGUUUUGGUUACCUAAACUUCUAAGAGUGUUGGAUUUGGGGGAAUUGGUGUUUGGUGCAUAUUUUCCGAUGGAAGUAUUUUUGCUUGCUCACUUGAGAUACUUGGCUCUUUUUCUUUACUUCAUAGACUCUAUCCCAGCUGCAAUAGCAAACCUCUCAAGGUUACAAACUUUUCUGCUACGAGGAAACGGCAUUGAUUGUUUGUUACCCAAGACUAUUUGGAGCAUUAAGACAUUGAGGCAUCUAUGGACUACAGAUUCCAAUAUUGGUUUUAUUUUUCCAAUUGAAAAUCUUGAAGUAUCCCCAGGUUUAGAUCAUUUAGACACUUUAAGCCUUGCCAUUGAUUCCUCCUCUCAAAACUUGCAAAAGAUACUAGCAAAGUUACCAAGCAUCCACAGGCUAAGAUGUAAGAUGAGGAAAUCAAGAGAAGAAUCUACCAGAAUUGGCGACGGGAUUCUCGUGUUUGACUAUUUGAGUCAACUAGAAUCACUUGCUCUGCGUUCCUUUCGUGGAUAUGGAUUUAAAUUCCCAUUGAAUUUGAAGAAGUUGACUCUCUACAGGAAUGAUCAACCAUGGAGUGAAAUUUCAACAAUUGGAAAUUUGCCUAGUCUCGAAGUGCUUAAAUUACUCGAGCGCUCCUUCUCUGGGGAAGAAUGGGAAAUGAAAGAAGGGGAGUUCCCUAACCUCCGAGUUUUGAAAUUGUCUAUGUUGUGGGACUUUCGUAGCUGGAUUGCGUCUCCUGAUAAUUUUCCCCGUCUUGAGAAAUUGGUUGUGCAUAGCUGUCUAAAGUUGGAAGAGGUACCUUCUUGUUUAGGGGAAUGUCCGACUCUUGGAAUGAUUGAAGUGAAACGAUGUGGCGAGUCUGUUGCAAGUUCAGUGAAGCAAAUUCAAGAAGAACAGAUAGAUAUGGGAAAUGAGGUUCUAAAGAUCUUAAUUGAAUAUUGUGGUGACGCACGGAGUUCCAGCAAAGAAGAAGAAGAAGAAGAAGAAGAGGAGGAGGAGGAGGAGGAGAGUCAAGUACCCCCCUCGCAAGUAGUCUAA